UUUCCAAAUUACAUUUUCUCUCUCAACUCAGUUUUAUGUGCAAAGGUUUACGGAUGCCAGAGGAGUUUCAUUUCCAGGAGAACACCAAUAUAAUGUUUCAACUUCAACAUCUCCUCUGGUUUUAGUUGAUUUAAUUAACUUCUUUUUUUGUUAUUAUUUACUUUUAAGGAUCCGAUCAACGACAUAUACACAAUACGUUUUCAUAUAAUUAUUUAUUGUUGAUCUUUAUUACUUUUUGCUUUUAGUUGGUUUUGAUAUACUAAUUAAUAUCUGUGAACUAUAGUCAAGUCAACUGAAGUCCCCUUAGUGACGGAGAAUUAUAUUGGCUUAUAGAAGAAGAUCUUUACCCGUAGAUCUGGUCGAAAACGGACAGAUCGGCGCACGAUCGGUCAGAUCCAACUGAUCGUGCAUCGUUCUGACACUGGUGGCCGAGGUGGCUUCGACGACUUGUGGUGGUGGUUGCGGUGGUGGUUGCGCUGGUGGGCGACUGUUGCUUGGGUCAAGUCUUUGGAGAUAUUGUGGUCAUCCAUUGAUAAAAGUAGAGAGGUGAUUGUGCAAAGAUUUACAGAUACCAGAGAAGUUUCAUUUCAAGGAGAACACCAAUUGUUUGCAAGGAUUUGAUCGAAGAUCUCAAAUACACUUCAUUCUAAAUGUGGAAUUUUACUUCAGAUUCUCUUACCUAGAAGAUUCUCAAGCUCAAAUAGCAUCAUCACAGUUGGGGUUGUGGGCUAUUAAUCCUAUGAAGAGUAUAAUAUCUUCCAGUUUAAUCAAAAUGCAGGUCAUAAUAGUCUCUCAAAGUGUGUAGUUUUCUAUCGUGUCAAAAUAUCCUUUAACAGAAAAAAGAUAAAGGUCUGAUCAAAACCAGGUGCUUGCACUUUGUUGGUAGUUACUCGAAGCUUGACAUUUUGCGAAAAUAUCAUUGGUUUUUAAGCAAGAUAUAUUGAUGGAGAUUGUAACUACUAUUCUAUCAAAGGUUGGAGAAUACCUGGUGGAGCCGACCAUAAAUCAAGCUCGUUACUUAUUUCGUUUCAAACAAAUUGUUGAAGAUCUUACAAAAGCAGAACGAAACUUGAAAUCGAAACAACGUGAUGUGGAGGAAGAAAUCAAAGCUGCAGAAAGAAAUGAUGAAAAAAUUAAGGCAACUGUACAAGAUUGGUUGUCUGAUUCGAGAAAAAUCAUGGGAGAAGUUGAGACGUUGAAAGGAAAAAUAGAAGUUAAUAAAACUUGUCUUAAUGGGUGGUGUCCUAAUUGGGGCUCUCGACAUCAGUUGGGGAGGAUAGCAACAAAGACAAGCAUUCAGUUGAAGGAAAUUAUAGAUAAAGGCCAAUUUGAAAGAGUGGGGUGUCGUGCUCUUCUAUCAGGUGAACCUUCAGCUCCUAAAGAUCCUGCACCUCUAUCAGGUGAACCUUUAGCACCUAAAGAUUUUGAAUUUUGCUGGUCUACAAAGGCUGCUUUUGAUGAGAUUAUGGAGGCACUUAAAAAUGAUGGCACCCAUAUGGUUAUAUUGUAUGGGAUGGGCGGUGUGGGUAAAACAACUUUAGCAAGAGAAGUGCGUAAAACAGUCAAAGAAAAGGGCAUCUUUAAGGAUGUUGUGAUGGCUACUGUAUCGCAAACUCCAAACUUCAGAAAUAUUCAAGGUCAGCUGGCUGACUUCCUAGAUUUGAAACUUACGCAAGAAACUGAAGAGGGAAGAGCUCAGAGGUUGUCUUCAAGAUUGUCAAAUUCUAAUAAUAAUCUUAUAAUCCUCGAUGAUGUUUGGGAAGAAUUCGAUUUCGAGGAAAAAAUAGGUGUUCCAUUGAGCAAAGGUUGCAAAAUGCUUCUGACAACCCGCAACAAAAAAAUAUACACUCAUAGGGAGUAUCAAUUAUUAAUUCCUCUAAAUGUUUUAGAGGAACAUGAAGGAGUGGCUUUACUCAAAAGGCAAGCAUGUUUAGAUGAUGACUGUGACGACUUGAAUACUUUGGCUACUCGAAUUGCUAGAGAAUGUGAUGGUUUGCCUUUAGCACUUGUAACCAUUGGAAGGUACUUGAAUGGAGAGAAAAAAAUUGAAAUGUGGGAAUUUGUGUGUGACAAACUAAAAAAGUCAAAACUAGAGGAUUUAUAUCAUGUUAAUAGUGAACAGAGAGGUGUCUAUGCCAGUCUUAAGUUGAGUUAUGAUUAUUUGAAAACAAAUGAAAUUAAAUUUUGUUUUUUGAUGUGUUCACUUUUUCCUGAGGAUUUUGAAAUUCCUUUGGAGGAUUUGGUUAGAAUAGGAGUGGGGUUAGAUUUAUAUAAAGGUGUUUCAUCCAUUGAAGAAGCAAGGAGGGCCCUACGUUCAAUGGUUGAAACCCUGAAGGCUUUGGGUUUGCUAUUAGAUGCUUAUGGAAAAGAAUUUGUGAGAAUGCAUGAUAUAGUUCGUGAUGCUUGUCUAUGGAUAACAUCAAAGGGGGAGAAUAUAUUCAUGAGCAAGAUUGGCAUGGAUUUGAUGCAGUUGACAAGGGAGAAAGGCUGGAAACAAUAUACAGCAAUCUCCUUGUUGGAAAACAAACUAAAAGAGCUCUCUGUUAGACUGGUAUGUCCUAAGCUUAAACUAUUACUAUUGGGUGGUGAAAAUCAAUGGUCACCGUUGAAAGUUUCAGAUGAAUGUUUCCAAGAGAUGAAAGCACUAGAAGUUGUAAGUUUAAGAUAUGUAGACCUUUCGCUGAAGUCACUUCAAUUCUUGACAAAUCUCAAGACUCUAGUGUUGUCUAAUUGUAAUUUGAGAGACAUUUCUUUCCUUGCCAAGGUGAACAAACUUGAGAUUCUUAGCUUUAGAGGUUCUCGUUUUGACGAAUUACCAAUAGAAUUGAGUGAACUUAAGGAACUCAGAAUGUUGGAUUUACGUAAGUGUUAUCAGCUAAAAAGAAUUCCUUCCAAUUUGAUACGAAGCUUUUCUCAAUUAGAAGAAUUAUACAUGGAGAAGGACAUCUUUGAAGAAAGGGAGGUUGAAGAGAAGAGUAUAGAAACAGGCAAUGCUAGGCUUUCAGAGAUAAAUUGUCUAUCUCGCUUGGCUAUUCUGUAUUUGAAAAUAAAUUCAAAAUGCCUUCCAAAAGACUUUGCUUUCCCCAAACUUUCAAGGUAUGAAAUUGUUGUGAACAAAACUUCUCGAUCUUCAGAAUCAGCAAAAGCUUUAAUAAUUGCUGAUAUUGAUGCAACCUUAUUGACUGCAUUAUUUAAAGCACUAUAUCAUAGUGUAGAACAUCUUAGUUUGGAAAGAGUAACAGGUUGUCAAAAUAUCCUCCCAAGCAUUGACCAAAAGGGAUUGAAAUUGAAUACUCUUCAUGUUUCAGAUUGUAAAGAUUUGAAAUGCAUGAUAGAUGCAUCGCAACUGGGGGAAGAAAAUUCUGAGUUGCAUCCAGGUUUAGCAAAGUUACUGUUGGUAAGGUUACCAGAAUUGCAGUGUAUAUGGAAGGGGCCCAUGUCCAUUAAUAUUGUAAACUUCCAAAGUCUUACGAAUGUUUAUGUGGGAUGGUGCAAAAGCUUGGCUUAUCUUUUCACUUUAUCAAUUGCCUGGAGUUUGGGGCAGUUGAAAUCACUCCGUGUAGAAGAUUGUGAGAGUUUGGAGUUCCUGAUCAAGAUAGAAAGGGGUGAUAAUGGCAAGGGAGAGAAAAUGUUGUCAAAAUUAGAAGAUCUUGAAAUUAGAAGAUGCUCGAGAUUGGAAUAUGUUUUUCCGGUGUUUGUUGCAGCAGGUCUUAUACAACUUGAAAAUCUUGAAAUAAGAGAUGCAGCAGAGUUGAAGCAAGUAUUUCAUGGAAAAGAAGAAAAUGAAGUUGCAGAGGACGGAAAGGACAUCAAGUUGCCUAAUUUAAAAAAGCUAAAGCUUUACACACUUGAAAAGCUUACCAGAUUCUUUCCAGAAAAUAAUCAUUCAACUCUGCCAGCUUUGGAAGAGUUCCAGUUGAUUGAAUGUCCGAAUUUGACAAUUAAAGAGGGAGAUCUAGAAGAGGCACCGCGGAUUGUGGAGAUAAGUAAUUGUUGUAGUCAAUCAUGUAAUGAAAUUCUCUCUAGGUUUAGAUGUGACUUCUUCAAAAAUUUUGAAGAAUUAAGCAUUGAAAAUUGUGGAGUAAAAGAGGUAUUCCAGUUGGAAGGACAACAACAUAAAUUAUCACUUCCAAAAUUAAAGAGUUUGGAGUUGUAUGACCUGGAAGAACUAGAAGGUUUAUGUAAAGGUCCUGCUCAUGUUUUAAGGUUGGAGAAUCUAACCACUUUAUCCAUAGGCAAGUGCAAAAAGCUAAAACAUAUCUUCUCAUUUACUCUUGCUCAGAGGUUGGGUCAAUUGGAAUCACUUACUGUAUGGGAUUGUGAGAAUUUGGAACAAGUAUUUUAUUUGGAUCGUGAAAGAGAAGAAUAUGUAGGUGGAGGAGCUCAUAAGAAUAUUGUGCUUCCAAAAUUGAAGAUGUUAGAACUUGAAGGGCUUGCAAAGCUAGUAAUCUUUUUUCCAGAAAAAUAUGCUGCAUGUUGUCCAGCUUUGGAAGAGUUCAGAGUAAAAGACUGUUCCAAAUUAACUACAACUUUCAUUGUUGAAGAGUUUCAUAAUCUGCAGGUUGUAAAGAUGAGUAAUUGCAGUAGUCAAUUGUGCUAUGGAAUUCUCUCUGGGUUGAGAUGUGGCUUCUUCAAACAAAUUAAAGAAUUAAGCAUGGAAGACUGCGGAGUUCUAGAACAUGAAUUAUCAUUCUCAAAUUUGAAGAAUUUGACCUUUUUAACAAUAGCUCACUUCAACAAGCUCAAACAUAUCUUCUCACUAUUUGUUGCUCGAAAUCAUAUGUUGCAAUUGAAAAGGUUGUGCAUCAGAGAAUGUGCGGAAUUGGAGCAAAUCAUUGAUGUUAAAGAUGGUGAAGAAGUUGGAGCAAAUCUUCUCCAAACUCUAUCAGAUAUUACAGUGGAAAAGUGCCAUAAAUUAAAAUAUCUGUUUCCUAUCUCCAUAGCUCGGGGUUUUCAACAACUGAAAUUCCUACGAGUAAUUGAUAACUCUGAAUUAGAAGAAAUAUUUGGAGAUAAUGAUGUGAUUGAUAAGAAAGAAUUUCGCUUGCCUCAACUUACGUGGAUGUGCCUGGAAGAUUUACCAAGACUCACCAACUUUUGCCAUGUGGAUUAUCACUUCAUAUUUCCAACACCACGACUUGAAUUGUUGGUAGUCCAAAGAUGUCCAAAGAUAAGUACAAGAUUUUCAUGGGAUGAAGAUAAUAAAAGUGUGCAUGCGGAAGCAAAGGCACCCAAAAUAGGUAGCGCCAAAGAUGAUAGUCACGAAGAGAAGGCACCUGAAAUAGGCAGUGAAGAUGAAAGUCAAGAAGAGCAGGCACCUGAAAUGGGCAGUGAAGAUGAAAGUCAAGAAGAGCAGGCACCUGAAAUGGGCAGUGAAGAUGAUACUCAAGAAGAGCAAGCACCUGAAAUAGACAAUGAAGAUGAAAGUCAUGAAGAGACGUCUACAGGUCUCAUUUGCGGCUGGAAUGAUUUUAAAAAUUUACCUCGGUACAUAAAAGUUGAAGAGGUUUAUUCCAAUUCUCAUCCAACAGAAUGAAGAAAGAACACUGAAACUUAGAAACAUGCUCAUCGUUUCUAAUCAGUUGGCUCCACCGAAUCCAAUGAAUAUUAGUCUGUUUGAGGGGAAGCAGAAGAAAAUUCAAUUCACCGUCUUCAAUUUGAUGAAUUUUCUAAACUGCACUUGUUAUAUAUAUUUGUUCUAUUUUAAGUCCAAUAUCAAUUCACUUGUUAUGUGAAUUUUCUAAUGGAUUAUUGACAGAGUUUAUGUUUGGGUUAGUAACUGAUGUAUUUUGUAUAAUUCAGGGUGAAGUUCAUUAAUCUGGUGCUUAAUUGUUAUAAUCUGGUGGAUCUAAUCAGUACUUCUGCUGCUACAAUUAACUCAACUUUGUCCUUCACCUCUUCAGUACUUCUGUUCUGCUGCUACAAUCUUUUCAAUAUCUACUGCUUCGUUUUACUCCUGCUUCAAAUUCUCUAUUACGCAUCUUCUAUUACUGCUGUAACUUGUUCUUUACCUUCACUAAUUACUUGCCCUUUCAAAUACUGAGAAGAUGGUAUAACAAUAAGUUUACUUCUUAAGAACUCAAAACUGUCUUGCCAGUUGCCACCAAUGGUUUUGUAAAGAUGUCAACAUUUUG